CUGGAAUCGGUAAAGGUCUGUGUGAGCUCAACAGCAAAACAUUGGAAGAAGUAUUUGACGCUGAUGGAAGUCUCCAUAACCCUGAGUUCAACCAUAUUUAUAUAAUCGAAAAGGUAUGAAAAAUAGAGCAUUAUGCGAUACUGUUGUAUGUAGUUAUACAAAAGGUUGCUUGCGUGUUAGAACAGUGUUGGGUGCUAGUGAUGUUGAGGUUAUAGUGAGGGGCCGAUUACAUGAACCGGGCUUGCGCGCUUGCCGAGGCACUAGCUUGCCGAGGCACUAGUUAUUACAAAGCUAGAUUAUUGUGAUGUUGUAUAUAAUCCUCUUCCUAAAUAUUUAGCUAAAAGGCUCCAGCGUGUACAGUAUGCGGCAGCUGGUUUUGUCGCUUCUAAAUGGAUCAUGCAGUGACGUUAAGGAACUUAUUAAACUAGGCUGGUUACCUUUGGAGAAAAGAAGGGAGUGACAUUUACUUAAAGUCACUCAUAAAGCUCCGUACAGUGAUAAUUGGCCUAAUCACCUUAAACUAAUUAGAGUAAGUCACUCCCGCACACUACGGUCAUGCUCUGCUCCUAAAUUGCAUAUUCCAUUAAUAUCUAACACCUUGCAGGAAUCAUCAAGCUCUUUCAAUGCUUUACCAUUUGAUAAUUAUAAGCGUUUGUUGUGAUUAUAAUCGAUAUCAAUUUUGUAAUAUGACUAAACGUUAUUUAAUGCAUCGCGUCAUGAAUUGAUUAUCAUCCUAAAUAUGACUAUUGAAGCUCUACCUAUUUUAUCUAUCUGCUUAAUGAUCUUGGCUUCGGUAAAACCACCAAAAAUACUGCUUUAGACGAAUGACGACGAUUGCGAUCAGAACAACUUACUAUAUAUUUUGCUGCAGAAAGAAAGAAUGAACAAAUCCAAAACUAUUAACCUUUUAAAAAUUGUACUAUAUAUUUGUUGUUUGUUAUUAUUGUUAUAUUGUGUAUGUAUAGUUAUUAUUGAUUCAAGUAGACGAUUGUGAAUUACCUUAUAUAAGUGAGAUUUACAAUUGUAUGUAACUUAAAAAAAAUCCAUUAAUAAAGUUUCCAUUAUUGUUAUUGUUAUUGUUGUUGUUGUUGUUAUUAUUGUUGUUGUUGUUGUUAUUAUUAUUAUUAUUAUUGUUGUUAUUAUUAUUAUUAUUAUUAUUAUUAUUAUUAUUAUUAUUAUUAUUAUUAUUAUUAUUAUUAUUAUUAUUAUUAUUAUUAUUAUUAUUAUUAUUAUAUAGUAUCAAUUCAAGUAGACAUUGAUAAACUGCCUGUAAAGCGAGGUUUAUCAUUGUAGUUGUAUAUAUCCUAAUAAUCAAUAAAUAAAGUUUCCAUUAUUAUUAUUAUAGCACGCUUACUAUAUACUAUAUACUUCGAUUACAUGGCAGCCGGGCCAGCCCGCUUUGCCGGGAUCGCGGUUGUCGCAACCGGGCUGGUCCGGCUAGCCAGGCUGAAAUUCGCCAUGUAAUCGCAUCAGCCCGGCAUACUGGGCUGAAAUUUGCAAACGCACGGUUUUUAUUUUGAAAAUAUAACCAAAAAUAGCACAAAAAUAAACGCUUAAAGUUUUAGAUAGUGAAUCGACUGGAUUUAGUGGAGCAUAAGCGAAGAAAUGUAAUCGGCCCCUUAGUGGACAUGUAGCUAUGUUUUCAUCGUUUUCAAUAAGCUAUCACUGGUAAUUAAAUUUGAUGUCCAUGCAAUAAAUAUAUCAUCGAUUAAUCGUCGUAAGAAAAGAGAACGAUUACAGUAUUCUAUUAAUUAUUUGUUUAUCCAACUCGUUCAUAUAGAUAAUAGCCAGCAUCGGAGCAAGAUUGUUCCCCAUCGCUAAUCCCGAUUUUUGUUUAUAACCUUUGCCAUUAAUUAAAACAGUAUCACUAGUCAGACAUAGACGUACCAAUGCGUCGAAAUCUUUGCCGCUCAGUGGUGAUAAUUCACAUCACGUCAAGAUCAGGACUUGAAAACAUUAGAUUACAGUUUGUAAAUGGACCAUCCCUAUCAAAAAUAUUUGCUCCACGUAAAGAGAAGCUAAGUUGCCCCGAUAACUGUCAUACUUGUAAACUAGCAAUUAAAACUAAUGUAUGCAAGGUUAAGAAUGCGAUCUACCUUAUUAAUUGUUUACAUCGUCAUCUGGUUUAUGUGGGAGAAACCGAAAGAACAAUACGAUCGAGGAUAAAGGAACAUCUCCGAAUGGACAAACAAACAGUUCAUGUACAGCUUAGAACUCACAAUAUUGACCCACAAAGCGAGUCGACAAUAAGUUGGAAAAUCCUCCAUUCAAAUAUAAAUUACCGGUAUGAGCGUGAAGUGAUCGAAGCACUUGAGAUUCGGAAUUAUUCGGACAGAAUUAUGAAUGGUUGUGCUGGACGUAAUAUCAAUAUCUAGUUUGACUAAUUGGAACAAUCAGGCUUCUAAUAUAUCCUAUGGUACAAUCAACAAUAUAAUAACAAUCACUCUUUUAACUUAAUUUUAAAAAAUUUUAACUUAGAACUCAAAUUAACAUUUUUAACAACAUUCUUUAGCUUUUACAUUCUCAAUCAAGCGAUAAAUGCAUGUAUAUAUAGAGGACGAUUUUAUUAUUCAGAUUAUUGUACUCACUGAUGAAGCCUUAACCGGCGAAACGUCUGAGGAAUUUAAUAAAUAAUCUCACAAUUUGCCUGAAGAAGUCCCUUUUUUGGUUUAAAAUAAACCAACCGUCAGAAAUAAUCCAGGCAUGACAAUCAAAACCUAUUCAUAUAUAUUAUAUAUAUAUAUAUAUAUAUAUAUAUAUAUAUAUAUAUAUAUAUAUAUAUAUAUAUAUAUAUAUAUAUAUAUAUAUAUAUAUAUAUAUAUAUAUAUAUAUAUAUAUAUAUAUAUAUAUAUAUAUAUAUAUACAUAUAUAUAUAAUAUAGUCUGUGUUAGGUUAUAAAAACCAAUGAUAGAGUGCUUAAUGGAAAACCAGAGCAUAAUAGAAAGACACAAAAACUUAGCAAGCUUUGUUUGGCAUAUUUAUUACUAUACAGUUUCGUACCACGUAAAUAACGUGGCACUCUUCAGAUAAAAUAGCCUAUGUUUGACCUAUAGCUUCUUAACGAACUUUUUAAAUAUGUACAGAUGGUAUAAUGGACGCUUAUCUAAUUACAAAUCAAUUAACACCUCAAGUAGUGUCACGAAAAUAUUAGUAUCAAGUUAUAAAGUUUUUAAGUAGAAAUUUAUUAGCGUGUCUACACGUGGAGACAAGUUCGUUGCGACGAUUAAGUGUUGCAAUGUCCGGUUUACAAAUAAUGAAAUACUUCUCCCAGAUACACAAGUUACAUCUCUUGGAUGCAUUACUGUAAGAUUUAGCGCGUUUUAAAAUUUUCCAUCCGAUAGAGUAACUAAUAUUAUUGUUCUUAAGAUUCCAGAUGUAUUUACUUAAUUCAGUAGAAUUACGCUUCUCAUAGUUAUUAAAUGAAGCUUUGUGAUUGGUGUAUCGAGUUUUGAAUUCAUUUUCUGUUAGUCCAACAUAUGUUUGAGUGGGCCGCUUGUCAGAUGUUUUUACUGUGGCUUGGUAGAUAACAGAUUUUGCUAGACAAUUUUUUGACAUAGGGCAUUCACUUGGUUUUUGGCAAUUGCAUUUUUUUUCCUCGGUGGUUUUAGCUCGGUGGGAUAGCUUGGAUUUAUUAUGUCCGUCGAUGUUUUGUUUAAAAUUACUCAUGCAGCUGUAGCUAAUUUUGACGGUAUUUCUGUUGAAUAUCUUGUGUAAGAUAUGGCCUGCGGGAAAUUCCUCGUCUAGAAUCUUUAAAAAGGUCUGACCAAUAUUAGUAGCGACAUUUUUGCUGAACGGUGGGUUGUACCAGGUUAUAUUUCGAAUUUUAAAAUUUUGCUGAAUGAAGUACUAUUAUGUUCAUACAGUCACAUGGUGAAAGUUUGUGGACUUCAAACUUGCGCGGUAUAUCCAAGAUGAGAUCUUGCAGUUGUGAGGUAGAUAUUUAUUAAGCAUGCCAAGCAUGCGAUUGGCUUAAGUGACUUGCUCGUACGUAACGGUGUGUUCCAUUUGAUAUUAGAACAAACUGUCGAUGUUGAAUAUUACAAAAUCUGAAAAAGGUAGCUCGUUUCUAACUGAUCGAAUCAGCUGGCUGUUAAACUGUCUGGCGACGAAUCUAGUGUAAUUUUGGCAGUAACGGGGAUUUGAUUUUAUUUUCUUACCAAUACCCGUAAGGGGAGGGGGCGUGCCUUUGGUCACCAGGUUAGAGGUAUUAGGAUCCUGUCCAAAACGUUUAUUAUCAGCAUGCAAGCAUACUCAACACAAAUCGAGCUGUGUUUAGUGUCACUUCAAGCCUACCUUGAACUCAUUUCAAGGUACUAUAUAAUCACUUGAUCACGGCAAUAAAUAAUUUUUUUCUAACGCAGCGCGAGUUUGAAUGCAAAUUUCUGUUUUAUGCAUGCAUGCUUGCGAUUUUGAAUAAGUGGACCUCCGUGCUGAAUGGUUCAUAUUGGAAUUUACGUCUUUUUGUACAACAACUGCGCGAGGUAAGUGUUAUUUAGUCGAGUUUUGACCAAAACGUCAUGCCCAAGGUAGAAGUUUACGUGUGUGUUUGGAAUGUGGCAAAUACCAUAGAUAUAGGAGAUAUAGAUUGCUAACGCAUACCUAGCGCAGGCGGGGCCUACAUGAUAAAUCCAAGAUGGCGGUACAACAGUGCAAAAAGACUAUAGAUUCUAUUACGAAAAUCAGGAUUCUUGCAUUUUUGCCGUCGCAUUGUAAAUUCGAAACUUAUUCGGUCACAUUUUAUGGUAAAGAGAAACUUACCGCGAAGAUUUUGAGCAUAUAAUAUAUGAUUGAAUUGGAUGAAAAAUUGCAAAAUUACCCAGCGAUAAAAGUUAGUGUGAAAUGGUCAGUUGGUCAGUUGGAGCGUUUUAUUGCCAGAAAUACUGUGCUAUGUUAACAUCUAGUCUUGCGAAUGGUGCUUUAUACUUGCAUCUCUCAUCAUCAUCUGCUCUGUCCUCAUAAUUAUAAAAAAUGGACUGUUAUGUACCCCCCCCCCUCUCGCCCCUCCUUGCUUGUUAGAGAAGUAUACUGAUGAGAGCACUUGAUGAGGGUCUAUCAUCUAUGGUCUGUUAUAAUUUGCUUUUUAUGCAAAUAGUGAGCAAAAAUUAAAACAAAACUGUACAAGUUACAUAAAUUAUAUAGUGCUAUAUCACUACUAUACACGAACUUUUAUCGAUGGAUAAUUUUGCUAGUUUUCAUCCAAUUCAAUCAUAUAUAUGCUCAAAAUCUUCGCGGUAAGUUUCUCUUUACCAUAAAAUUUGACCGAAUAAGUUUCAAAACAAUGCGACGGCAAAAAAUGCAAAAAUCCUGAUUUUCGUAAUAGAAAUUAUAGUAUUUUUGCCCUGUUGUACUGCCAUUUUGGAUUUAUCAUGUAGGCCCCGCCAGCGCUAGGUAUGCGUUGGCAAUCUAGAUCUCCUAAAUCUAUGGCAAAUACAGAGCACACCUGUCCCCGGGUUGGGUAGUCUGCUCGCAGACUGCAUCCCGCUCCCUUACGGGAUGACAGUCUGCUGUCAUUCGACGCUAAUGCCGUACAGCUACCGGCGAAAUAUGAUCGGGUUUUCAUUGGUUCGUUUCAAAAUUUUACUUGCAUAAAUUUGCUUAGCUAAUUUCGAGACAACUAUACCGGUUUUACCGAUUACAUAAAGUUUCUGGAUGCUGUUGGGCAGACAUUGCCACACAAAAGAGCAUUUAAUUUGUUGGGAUGAAUAAAUAUGGUAGAAUUUACAAAUCUGGCAUAUUUUUUUUCGAGUUUAUGUUUCGAUUUCGUUGUAAUGUUUUGCUUGACCUUGUCUAUUGCCUAUUGACCGUGUUUACAUAAUAUAAGUUCUAUUUAAAGUAACGCACCUGAUUGGAUAAUAAAAUUAGAAAACCACUAAAGUGCUGAAGUGCACAAUAUUAUAUUUAUUUAUACGACUACGUCACUGUACAGCAUUAUAAAUGGUCGCAGACUGUUAUCCUUCUACCACGGGGGGGGGGGGGGGGGGGGGGGGGGGGGGGGUGAGGGACAGUCUGUGCGCAGUGACUAUGGGUUGGGGGAAGUGAGAUUAAUUAUUAAUCUAUAUACAAAUAUAAAAAAGCCGGAUAGUUAAUUAGCGACUUCAAUAGCCGAUUCCAUUAUUCAGCGUAUUCCGAAUACAACUACCAGCAUGCAUUUCGGACGUGUUAUUGCAUAAUGUCCACAAUGAAGAAAAUACCCGCAAAGUAUCCGUGGUAGUUGCAUUAAGAAUACAUAAUAAUUAGGAGAACCGGCUAGUGGUUUUUGUUUUGCAACUGGCGAUUUUGAAAAGUUUCAAAAACGUUCUAUCUCAUUCCCAGAUUAAUCGAUUACACCAUCGCGUUGUGCAGUCCAUCUUUUCGAUCUAUGAUAAGAAAUUCAGAAAGAAAUUGAUUAUGUCCGUAAUUUCUGGCCGUAAGGCUCCGAUAUAUGAUUUAAAAAUCCAUUAACGCGCACUUUAAUUUGUAUUAAAAAUACACUGCUUUGGAAUCAACAUAAUGCCAUAGUGAUACUCAUUAAAAUAGACAGAAUAUUUUAUAUUUCAAGUUUAUUUUUCAUGCAUAUAUAUAGGAUUAUCAAUUAUAUGUUUGCAAAGAUUUUUCAAAUUUUGUGGACAUUGAGAUUUUUUCUUUAAUGGCUUUCCUUCAAAGAGUAAAAGAAUUUUGGAAGGAGUCUCCCCGUCGAGCGAAUGGGCUCCGCUUCCGAAAUUCCCACGCCUGUUUAUCUGUUUCAAGAAAAACCGUUUCACUCGAAUUGGUCGAAUUGGUCAUUACCGUGAUUUUUCUUUUAACUCGUAUCUUUUUUGCCACUUAGCACAACCAGCUAAAGAAUUUCUCAUGUACAACACAUAUCAUAACAAGUGCAUCUCAAUUGAAUAUGAAAGAAUCGCCGCAAGACCGUGCAACCCGAUGACAGAUAAUCAAAGAUGGCGCUGGACACAAUAUGACCAACUUCAAAGUAUUUUCAAUCAAACAUGUCUCAGCCUACGUGAAACACCAGUAAACUGGGUCCGUGUGAAAUUGUCCACGUGUGAUCGCCAUGACACAUAUCAAGUGUGGGCUUGCGUAGAUGACUUGGUCAGGUUGAAGGGCACCGUGUUAAACUUGAAUUACGGAAAUAACAAUGGAGGAGACAAUGUUGUUUUGUACAAUGGUGAUGGGUCCUGGUGUAUGUGGAAGGUCUAUGGGGAAGACGUGCGUGUGUGUGAAAAACAGCCGCAAGGAUAUUGAAGAUAAAUAGAGAUGUCAUGUGUUGCACGCAUAGAUAUCUUAUAUACACUAGAUAGCGCAUCUCUUUUAGUAAAAUUGAAGCUAAAAAUACUCCAGCGGUAACCCCCAUUUGAA